AUGCUGCCACGAAGUGCGCAAUCAUCACAACCGAAUGGACCUCCGCGUCUAGGAGCUGGAGGCGAUAUGUCCGCUCUAAAAAGAAUAUUGGCGCAAGACAUUGUUGCGAAAGCGCGAAACCAGCCUACAAUAACCGAACAGAUCCUGGGAGCCGAUGAGAAUGAGGCAAAAGAGGACUGGGGACCUGCGACCGAGCCCUUUCAUUUCCACAUCUACGCACAUAAGCACAACUGCCAUAUCACGGUAACGAAGCCGAAUCGUGGCGCAAUUAUCAGCAAGUCAGCCGGCGAUAUUGGAUUCAAGAAGGCUAAACGUAGCACCUACGACGCUGCCUACCAACUGACGGCGUACAUUAUAGAUAAACUUCACCAGGGAAAUUGGCACAAAAAUAUCACGGCCAUGGAGGUUGUUCUACGAGGCUUUGGUGCUGGACGGGAGGCCGCCGUUAAGGUUCUUCUGGGAACCGAAGGUCGUAUGCUGAGAGAUAAGAUCGUGAAGGUAUCAGAUUCUACGAGGCUUAAGUUCGGUGGCACAAGGAGCCCCAAGCCGAGAAGAUUAGGCUAA